AUGCUGCUACUUCUACCAGUCAAGCUACUCGAGCAGAUCUUGGACUAUGUGGCAAUACACGACUCAGUGCAAAUAAGCACCACAAUCAUUCUUGCAUCUACUGUCCCCAUAGCGCUUAGCUCCCUCGUCUUGACCUGCCGGGCCCUUUACAGACAUCUCCUUCAAACGCUCUACCGAACCGUCGCGUUCUGCGCCGAAGACUACCCGCACUGUAUCUUCAAUCCCUCACUCGUGCAGCACACCACCACACUUGUUGUCCUGCCCGCCGACCCCUAUAAACGCCGAAAUGAGGCAAGUGCAUUUCUCGGGGAUGCCGUCAUCAAAAGGGCGCUAGAAAACUUCCACAACAUCCAGAAUCUAUAUCUACUCACAAAGUUUCCGAAAACUAUUUUCGAAGUGGCCAAUAGCUAUAACCUGAUAUCCCUGACCUGCGGAGACGAUGCACUGAAGCACUACAUACCAAAUCAGUGGCGCCUGCGCUCAUUAAGCGUUCAACGCUGCCCGUACACGUGUGGGCUGGGCCCCUUACUAUCCGCAAAUUCCGACACCCUAGAGCAUCUUGCGCUGGCAUUGGUUGAGGGAUUCCGUUAUGGGGGGUUUUCCGAGUAUGAGCCGUUCCCACUCAUGCCGGAGGUCAGAAGUCUCAACCUUUUCGGAUGGGAUGUGAGGCUUAUCACACGGCUGGCUGUGGCCAUCCGUUUCGAUCGACUGCACACUCUCCAGCUCGUCGCUGAUACUCACCGCGUUAGCCCGCAGUAUCGAGGCGCCGUCGGCCAUAGUGGCAAUUAUUCCCCGGAGGCGUCCGACAUCCCUUAUCAUAGGGCUUGUGCGGUGCUGGAGCUCAUGACGGACGCGUUGGAGGAGCUGCAUCUCAUCUGGCCACAGUGUGGGCUGAUGCCUUAUGAUGGGCCUCGCGAUCACCUAUUGCCGCAAACUAUCGCGAGGAAGUGUCGGGGGCUGAAGGCGCUAACAUGCACUAGUCCACUUGUAUGCGUGCGGUCCGACAUAGCGCUGAGGAUUAUAACAUUUAAUGCGGAUGACCUGGCGGUGAUAGCGGCGGGUUGCGAGGGGCUAUCAGAUCUCCUGAUUGGCGUGAGGAAUGAUGAUUUGGCCUGCAGCAUCUUUCGCUUACACUGCUUCACAGAGCUCUGCGGUUGCGGCACUUGGUUUAUUCCCCGAUCUCCACCACCUGCAUCUAGACCUGUGGGCCACACCGUUACUCUCACAGCCUGUUCCGCCUCCGCCGAGUCUGCGCGAUCGCGGCUGGGGUCUGCUCAGAGCCUCGAAUCGGUCGCCGUGCUCGGCGCGGGAGUUCCUGACCACAAGGCAAUCGGCACUGGAUUCAGCAUUGGAGGAGAUAGUCUUAGCAGCGAGUGGAUUAAACCGGGGGCGCCGGUGAGAGAGGUGUGUAUGGACGAGAUGAGGAGACGAAUGAAGUUUCCGCUCGCGGGACGUGGGGCGUGGAACGAUGCGUUUAAGCCCAUUGGGUUUUCCUCGUCAAUAUGGAUCACCGGUGUCUUGAUUUGA